CGCGCAUCUUUCCUCAAGGAUGCAUUUUCAGCUUGUACAACCACCUUGCUGGAACACGAUGCUGCUUUGACUUCGCCAUUCGCCAAGGAAAUCGAAAUCUUCAAGUUGGUGUAUCCCUUCUGGCCAAUAAGAAAAAGGUUUGCUCUUCCUAUUGAUUCAAGAAGGAAGCACAAGAAUCAGAAUGGUUGAGUCAAUUGUGUCCUAUGCAGUAGAGAGACUUGGUGAUCUUCUGAUUGGAGAGGCCAGUUUGUUACUAGGAGUGGGUGAUAAUGUCAGACAGAUGCAAGUGGAACUGAGGCGGAUGCAAUGUUUCCUGAGAGAUGCUGAGAAAAGGCAACAUAAAGAUGAGAGUAUACGAAAUUGGGUAUCAGAGAUAAAAAAUAUAGCCUAUAAAGCUGAGGAUGUGAUUGAAAAUUAUGCCCUCUACAAGCCUCGUGAGAAAAUCAAACAUCUUCAUCAUGUUGGUUCUGAGAUUGCAUACAUCAAAUCUCAGAUAUCCGACCUCACAAGGAGCUUGCAAACUUAUGGUUUGAAUCAAACAACAGAGAGAGAACCAGAUGUUGCUAAUGAGAUGCAAAGGCAAUUGAGAAUGUCAUAUUCUCAUAUUAUUGAAGAGUAUAUUGUUGGAUUAGAUGAGGACAUAAACCAAGUAGUGGGAUGGCUAGUGAGUAAUGAUAGACAUCGUCGAGUUGUGUAUAUAUGUGGGAUGGGUGGUCUUGGUAAAACAACACUCGCAAAAAAAGUUUACCAUCAUGAUUCCAUUAGGCGCCACUUUGAGGGUUUUGCUUGGUCCUACAUAUCUCAACAAUGUAAGAAGAGAGAUGUUUGGGAGGGAAUUCUAAUCAAAUUGACUUCCCCAUCAAGAGAGGAGAGGGAUGAGAUAUCGAACAUGAGAGAUGAAGAGUUAGCAAAAAAGUUGUAUAAAAUUCAACAGGAGAAGCAAUGUUUGAUAAUCUUGGAUGAUAUUUGGGGAACCGAUGCAUGGGACCUUCUAUGUCCUGCCUUCCCAUCAGAAAAUAGCCACAGUAAAAUUGUAUUCACAUCUCGCAAAAAAGAUGUAGCAUCAUAUGUGGAUACUACUGGCUUGCUUCACGAAUUAGGGUGUUUAAAAGAAGAAGAAAGCUGGGAAUUGUUUAAGAGAAAAGCUUUUCCAAGAAGAGAUUAUACAGAGUUCAGAGUUGAUCCUGACUUCGAAGAAUUAGGCAGAGAAAUGGCUGGAAAAUGUGCUGGUUUGCCUUUGGCCAUCAUUGUGCUUGGAGGUCUCUUGGCCUCAAGUGUAACAUUGGAGCAUUGGGAAAUGAUAAAUAAAUAUAUGACGACUUACCUAAUAACGGGAGAAGUACAGAAAGAGUCAAGAUUAGCUAAGGUGUUGGCUCUAAGUUACAAUGACCUGCCUUAUCAUCUAAAACCUUGUUUCCUCUAUUUGAGCCAGUUUCCUGAAGACUCUGAAAUAUCAACAAAAAAGUUAAUUCGGUUAUGGGUUGCAGAAGGUGUAGUUGCAUCUCAGUAUGAGACUGAAAGAGGAGAGAUAAUGGAGUGUGUCGCAGAACUCUAUCUAAAUGACUUGAUAAGCAGGUGCAUGGUUGAAGUUGGUCAGAUGGGGUCAAGUGGAAGGAUUAAAACCUGCCGACUCCAUGACUUAAUGCGUGAAUUGUGUUUGUCAAAAGCAAAACAAGAAGGUUUUCUCCAUAUUAUUGGUGGUUUGCCACAAAAUGGGACCAGUGGUUCUUCUUCAGCUUGUACGUUGGAUGCAAAACCAUCAGGCGUUGUUCGCCGACUUGCUGUCUUCUUGGAUCAGAAUGUCGAUCAUUUGAUUCCAAGUGAUCAUAAAGCAAACAAAGGCCUUCGGUCUCUGCUGUACUUUCAUGAAAAGAAAUGUAGAUUGGGGGACUUGCAGUUACUCAAAAAUGUUUUUGAGAAUUACAGAUUGCUAAGAGUUCUCAAUUUUGAAGGAAUCAAGGGAAAAGAGGGAGAUUGCUUGCCAAAAGAAGUGGGGGAUCUGUUGUUUUUGAAGUUUCUGAGUCUAAGGAGAACUUAUCUACAAAUAUUGCCGUCUUCCCUAGGCAAUUUGAAGAACUUGCAGACCCUGAAUUUGCAAACUAUAACUAAGGUAACUUGGGAUUCAACUGUACAAAUUCCAAAUGUCAUAUGGAAGUUGAAACGGUUGAGACAUCUUUAUCUUCCCAAUUGGUGUGGGAAUAUAAUUGACAUCCUUCAAUUGGAAGAUCUGGUCGACUUGCAAACACUAGUAAAUUUCCCAGCCAACAAAUGUGACGUAAAGGAUUUACUGAGACUGAGCAAGCUGAGAAAAUUGGUGUUAAAUGAUCCAAGGUAUUUUCAAGAUUUCAGUGAAAUUUUCAGCCCUCCAAACAAGAAGUUGAACUACCUUCAAUCUUUGUCCUUAAGAACAGAUAAGUUUUCUUUUCCUGACAAGGUAGUGGAUCUUGAAAAACUGGUGUUAGGCUGUCCUUCCCUCCACAAACUACAAAUUGAAGGGCGGAUACAAAGGCUUCCAGAAAUCAGUUUGUUCCCUCGACAAAUUGCCAAGCUAACAUUGUGGGGUUCUAGAUUAGUGGAUGACCCAAUGGUGACGUUGGAGAAACUGCCUAACUUGAAAUUCUUAAGUGGAUGGGAAAUGUUCAUUGGAAAGCAAAUGGUAUGCUCGCGAAAUGGGUUUCCACAGCUGAAAUUUCUAUUACUUCGGGGCCUUCCUAAUUUAGAGGAGUGGAUUAUAGAGGAUCAAGCCUUUCCUAAACUUUAUCGAUUAUCAAUAGUUGAUUGCAACAAGUUGAAGACAGUUCCUCAUGGACUGAAGUUUGUUGCUGGUCUUCGUGAGAUUGAGAUCAGAUGGAUGCCUAAAUCUUUCAAGAGCAGGAUAGGAAGGGGUGGAGAGGAUUAUGAUAAAGUCCAACAUGUGCCAUAUAUCGCUUUUCUGAACUAAGCUGCUAAUAUCAAUGGUUGAAUUGUCAGUCAAAUCAUAGAAGCAAUGCAUUGUUCUGGGGAAGCUGAAGUUGUGAACAAGUUUGAGUUGUGCGCCAUCUUUGUUCAUUUUCAAUUUUCAAGUUCAUGUAGUUCAGUAUGAAUGUGUGAUUUGCAAGUCUCUGGUCUUGCUGCGGACAAGGAACAAAAUUUACAUUGUGGAUUGUGAUCCGACAUUCAUGUUAUUUGUUUGAUAACUGUAAGAUUACUGCUCAGGUAUAUGUAUGUGUUCAAUGUUGGUUCGAUUAUAACUCAAUAAUAAAUAAGCAUUAUCCA